AGAAACAAUAUUAUAUUUAUAAAUAGUUAAAAUGGCGGAGUACCAACCUCCCUUCACAAGUGCUGCAAAAGCUGAGCCCGCCCCGUUUCCUGCUGCUCCCUCUGAUCCCCUUCCCCAAGAUGUUGUCAUGAAAGUGGAAGAGCAACCCCCUGAUCCUCCAGCCGGCGAGGUUGUGGUCCAGGAGGUUCCAGUCGCGGAUGCCGAUCCUCCAAUAAAGCUCGUUUCUGAUGACGAUCAAAAGACGCUCCUUGCUGUUCUUCAGUUUUUGAGAAAAAAUAAUUUGUCUAAAACUGCAUCUGCAUUGGCCAAAGAAACAGAAAGUGCUGGAGUCACAUCUUUGACGUGUGAUAGCAAUGGCAACUCCCAUAUGAGUGUGGCAGAAGUGAGUUCAUUACUUUCUGCAUAUUCUAAUGAAGCAGAUCCAUCAAGUUAUGAUGACAACUAUAGAAUUCUCCAGCAGUUUGUGCAGAGCAGUAUGGAUGCAAAUAAAUGUGAAUUAGAUCAGUUGCUCUACCCUGUAUUUCUACACAUGUAUCUAGAACUUGUGUAUAACAACCACAGAGCUAAGGCUGAAGCUUUUUUCACCAAGUUCAGUGGGGAAUUAGAAAGUUACCAUGAAUCUGAUCUUCAUCAGCUUUCAAACAUAAUAUCCAAGUCACAAAUGGAAGGAAACAGUUUUAUUUUUAACCUAAAGAGCAACAAAUUCGUGAUUCGGAUGUCCCGUGAAUCAAAUUCACUCAUAAAAAAGUUUUUACAAGAUAAGAAUGUUCCUAUUAUCCGAAAUAUAAUUAAAGAUCAAAUAACAAUGGAUGAGUUUGACGGCCUGCCUCGGACCAAGACCCAAAUAUGGGCAAGCGCUGGUGGAUUGUGCGGAGAAGCUAAACAAGAUGAAAACAAAUCAAAGGUUUACUUUGGACUUUUAAAAGAGCCGGACAUUGAUAUUCCUCUUGAUGAUGAGGAUGAGACUGUGGAGGAACCUACGGAGGGUGGAGGGAGCAGCAAGUCAAAGAGGAGGAAGAAGAAGGAGUUUUUAUCAAAGAAGAACAAAACUGAUCCAAAUGCUCCGUCUGUUACAAGAGUACCUUUGCCCGAAAUGAAGGAUGCUGAUAAACUGGAAAAAAUUGCAGCAGCUCGAGAAAGCCUAAAGAGAAUCCGACUGGCAGGGCUGGACAGGGUGUCCCCUUCUGUAUGUUGUUAUACUUUCACUAAUGCAUUUGGAAGUGUAACUGCUGUUGAUAUAUGUGAUGACUCCUCACUGCUUGCUGCUGGUUUUCAAGAUUCCCACAUACGAGUAUGGAGUCUUACACCACGGACAUUACGAUCCGUUAAAUCUGCUGCUGAACUUGGUUUACUCGAUAAAGAAGGUGACGAUAUAUUCGACAGAAUGAUGGAUGAUUGUACUGGUGUAGAAUCCAAACCUUUAUACGGCCACAGUGGAACUGUAUACUCGUUAAGUUUCAGCCCAUGUCGGACAUUGCUUAUUUCAUCAUCUGAAGAUGGAAGUGUCAGAUUAUGGAGUCUGUUGACAUGGACAAAUCUAAUGGUAUACAAAGGACAUAUUUGGCCAGUAUGGGGAGUUAAGUUCAGUCCCCAUGGUCACUACUUCGCAUCCUGUGGGCAAGAUAGAGUGGCACGAAUAUGGGUGACUGACCAUCAUCAACCAUUGAGAAUAUUUGCAGGACAUUUGUCAGAUGUGGAUUGCGUGGCUUACCAUCAUAAUUCAAACUACAUUGCUACUGGUUCAAGUGACCGUAGUGUAAGAGUAUGGGAUGUGCUGAAUGGAAAUUGUGUUCGUGUGUUCACUGGACACAAGAAACCUGUCAUGUGUCUGGCUUGGUCACCUGAUGGAAGAUACUUAGCUUCAGGUGGCCAGGACAACAUGGUUCUUGUGUGGGACAUCUCAAGUAAAGUUAUGAUAGGUCAAUUCAAAGGCCACACAGCUACUGUGCACACGUUAGCAUUCAGCAGAGAUGGUGAAGUCUUAGCAUCAGGUGGUCUUGACAAUUGCGUAAAAAUCUGGGACUUCCAACAAGUAGUUUGGGACAUUGACACAGAUGAUAUUGGCAUGCAAAGAGGGCAUGCCACGAUAUCUGACAAGAACUAUCUUCUUUCUGACUACCCAACAAAAUCAACGCCAAUAUUACAUUUCCAUUUUACGCGACGAAAUUUGUUACUAGCUGUUGGGGUUUUCUCAAACAGCUGACAGUAAUAUUGCUUUAAUUGUGUUAAAAUUUUAUAAAAAGGAAAUAAAACGUAUUACUGCGUACCCUUA